GUCGAGAGUAAACAGUAAACGUUCUGGCGUGUGUUUCGGAGCUCUCCGCUCCAAAAUUUGUGUUGUGUUGUGGUUUACAUAAUUAUCAGUGAAAAAUGGACUUUCAAAAUCGUCCUGGAGGUAAAACAGGUGGUGGAGGUGUGGCCUCCUGGUCAGAGAGCAAUCGAGACCGUCGGGAGCGUCUCCGCCAGCUAGCCCUGGAAACAAUCGACCUGAACAAGGACCCUUACUUCAUGAAAAAUCACUUGGGCUCGUACGAGUGUAAAUUAUGCUUGACCCUUCACAACAACGAGGGGAGUUACCUGGCCCACACCCAGGGUAAGAAGCACCAGGCCAAUCUGGCCAGGCGAGCGGCCAAGGAGGCGAAAGAGGCACCCCAGACCCUGGCACCAGAGAAGCCAAAGGUCGAGCCCAAGAAGUUCGUGAAGAUUGGAAGGCCUGGGUACCGUGUCACGAAGCAGAGGGAUCCUGAGACUGGACAGCAGAGUCUAUUGUUUCAGGUGGAUUAUCCGGAGGUCGCCGACAACGUCAUACCCAGGCACAGGUUCAUGUCAGCUUAUGAACAGAGGGUUGAACCACCUGAUCGCAAGUGGCAGUAUCUCUUGUUCGCGGCUGAACCAUAUGAGACUAUUGCAUUCAAAGUACCCUCAAGGGAAGUUGAAAAGGCAGAAGGAAAAUUCUGGACUCACUGGAACAAAGACACGAAACAAUUUUUCCUCCAAUUUGCAUUCAAGAAUGAAAAACCAUCGGUUGGAAAGGUUCCACCGCCUCCAGUCCCUCUGAUCAGGGGGGGCAUGCAGCCACCAAUGAUGCCUGUACCUCCUCCCCCACGACCACCCAUGUUCCACGGUGUUCCACCCCCUCCCCCUGCCCUUCUAGCUGGAGGCAUGCAAAUCCCUCCACCUCCCCCACACGUUGCAUGAAGAUGAUGGAGUAAAUUUGUGAUGUAUCGACUCUAUGACUUGAAUUUAAUAAAACUGAGGUUUAAUGAGGUGA